AUGGAGCACAAAUCCAGAGUAGUGCCUUGUGAUCUUGUGUCCACUUUCAGCCAGGACGUGUUUCUUAUGACGCGUCACAAGACCACCAUCUUCACGGGCAAGGAACCUAGCACCAUGUUCGAGCUGAAGCACAUCAUCGAGGGCAUCCUCAAGCCACUGCCCAACAAGCAGCGGCUGUGCAAGGAUGACCAGCUCCUUGAUGGAAAAACGCUGAGAGAGUGUGGUUUCACCAGCCAGACAGCGAGACCACAGGCCCCAGCCACAGUGGGCCUGGCCUUCCGAGCAGAUGACGCCUUCGAGGCCCUGCGCAUUGAGCCCUUCUCCAGCCCUCCUGAGCUAACACAUGUGAUGAAACCUCAGGACUCAGGCGGCAGUGCCAAUGAACAAGCUGUGCAGUGA